AUGGCUUCAUCUCGUUUAUUUAAUAAUAUUGGAAGAAUUGGUAUUGCUUUAGCUAUUACUGAUGGUGUGAUUAAUUCUAUGCUUUAUAAUGAUUUACAAGCAAUGAACAUAACAUUACGUAUUCUUUAUCGGCCACGAGCUGAACUUUUACCGAAAAUUUUUACAAAUUUGGGUUUGGAUUAUGAAGAACGUGUUUUACUAUCGAUUACUAAUGAAGUUUUAAAAUCUGUUGUAGCUCAAUUUGAUGCUAUUGAAUUGAUUACACAACGUACACUUAUUUCUCAACGUGUUAGUGAAUUAUUAACAGAACGUGCUGCUCAAUUUAGUUUAUUACUUGAUGAUAUUUCAAUUACACAUUUAAGUUUUAGACCUGAAUUUACAAAUGCUAUUGAAUUAAAACAAGUUGCCCAACAAGAUGUUGAAAAACAACGAUUUUUAGUCGAAAAAACGGAACAAAGUCGUCAAGCAAAUGUUAUUACAGCAAAAGAUGAUGCUCGUGCAGCUGAUUUGAUUGGCAAAGCUUUAGAUGAAGUUGGUGAUGAAAAAGAAGAUCAGAUCAACAAUUCUCUAGAUCAAAUUAAAGAUUCGAGUACGAUUGAAAUGAUGAAUUUCGAUAAUCUCUUUCGACGUUUUAUAUUAACUCAAUCAUUUGUACGUGGUUGGGGAAAUCCAUUUCAUUUACAAGAAAUUUUUACCUAUCGACCUGAAAAAAUUGGCAAAGAAAAAGGUAAUCAAAAUAAUAUAAAUGCUAGAUUUCGUUCACCACUUGCCCAUUAUUUACCAGAUUUGGUUCCAUCUCAAAUAGCUACAGCUCAUUUUCAACUUGUUCUAUCACGUGAUCAUGGUUUUAAUCGACGAUGGUUAUUUACUGCAGUCUCAUUAAUUAAUCAAUAUCCUAUAGGUUCAAUUCUUCUUGAAAAUCCAUAUUAUGGUUUAAGAAAACCACCAGAUCAAUCUCGUCCAUCAUUAUUAUAUGUUACCAAUUUACAUAUCAUGGGUGAAGUACUUGUUUCAGAAACACUUAUGCUACUUCAUUGGUGUCAAAAAAUGAAAUUAACAUCAGCUAUUCUACAUGAUUUUUCUCUUAGUGGACAUAUGGCUUGA